AUGCGUCAGAACACGUGACUAAUCACGCCGUCAUCCUUGUCGUCCUAACGGUUUCCACCGAGUUCGUCAUUAGAUUGUAGAUGGAUAAUCUUAUGAAGAAGAACUGACAGCAUCAGUAUGGCUUCUUCAAAUCAAGAUGCCAGUCAGUAUCUCAGAGAUGCUCAUGAAAACCUGGUUAAACAGCUACAGAACCUGCCUCUUAUUGUUAGAAGACUUCAUCAGCAGAAUGUGUUAAAUACCGAUGAAGUUAGUGAGCUUAAGGAUGAACAUGAAAAGCGCAAAUACUCCAGGAAGAUACUGGACUUGGUCUUAAACAAGGGUGAGGAGGCCUGCUAUGAAUUUCUCAGAAUACUGGAUCGUGAGAGAAAUUCUGUCUUUCCAAAUCCAGAUUCGUCCAGCCUGACUCCAGAUUUACAUACAUGGAUCUGCUUGUUCUCCUUUACAGAUGAGGCUGAAGAUGUCUAUAUUUAUGGACCUACCUCAUGUCAUAAGCUGCAAAACCUUUUGAAGACAAGCGUGAAACAGCAACCAGAGAAGAGCCUGCAGUUCUAUGGAGGAAAAGUCCAACAUAACUUCACUUUUAUUCCUCUGGUGUUGGAUACAGACACAGAGAAGAAUAAACCCCAUAACAAAAUUAUACUCAAGAGCAAGAAAUGUAAAAAGCCCCGUUUAAAAAAUAUGAAGUCCUACAUACCAAAGGACACACAGAGAAAAUCCCCUGAAGAUUUACUGAAUAGCAGUGAGAAAAGUAUCCUAAUAGUAGGAAAACCUGGAAUUGGGAAGACGACAGUUGUUCAACAGAUGUUACAUCACUGGGCAGAGAGAAGUGACAGAAACCUUGACUUCAUGUUUUACUUUGAUGAAAACACACUGUCAAACAUCUCAACUACAGAGAGCUUAGAAAAUCUUCUACUGAGCAAAUAUUUAAUGUUAAAUCCACAGCUUAAAGAAAAUGCUGAAGAAAUCCUGCAGUAUCUACAAUUAUAUUCUGACAGUGUGACUAUUGUUUUUGAUGGAAUCAGAGAUUUUCAGGAGAACAGGUUUUUGCUGGAGAUCAUGGAACAUGAACUUCUGCCUGAAGCAAAGAUAGUGACAACAUGCAGGCCUGAAGUAGAGUAUGAGUUCUCUGACUGGACAACAUGUAAAGUUUAUGUUCAAGGUUUCAGUGAAGAGUCAAUUUAUGAUUUUUUUAGGAAGAUGUCAGUUAAUGAACCAGAGUUGGUAGACAUUGUGAUAAACAAUCCUGCACUCUUCAGUCUCUGCCACGUCCCUAUGCAUGCUUUUAUGGUGGCAGCCUGUAUUUCAUACUACACUUCUGAAGAAGCACAGAAACACUUCACAGCUACUGAGCUGUAUGUACGAAUAUUUCGUCACUGUCUACAGAGACAGGGAAAAAAGGAAUUUCUGGAUUUAGAUGGACACAUUAAACACUGCAGAGACAUGGUCCUGUCUUUAGCAGAGAGCGCUUUCAAUGCCACCAAGUUAAAAACUAUCAACCUGGAGUUUGAUUAUGAUGAGAGAGGCAUUUCUGGUGCUUUCCUGAAGACUGUCUCAGCUGUGUCACGUGCCAGGAUUUCCUGUGCAUUUCUUCACAACACAAUGCAGGAAUUUUUUUCUGCUCUCUGGCUUCUAGAAAAAUCAGAAAUACUUGAUGAGGUUCUUAAUCUUUGUCAGAAUGAAGACAGUGAACACAUGAAACAUAUAAUUCCUUUUCUCUGUGGGCUUCAAUCACAAACCAUCAUUGAUCAUCUGAAGUGUCUCUUUCCAUUGAACAAGAUCAAGGACAAUAUUGAUGUGUUCUUUGAGAAGGUCUUAAACACUUUCAUUGGUGAACAACCAGAUGAUGAAAACACUGACAUUGCCUUCAUAUGUCAGUGUCUGUAUGAAUUUCAGUCACCUGAAACCUGCUGCUCAUUUCUAGAGAGAAUAAACUAUCAUCUAGAUUUGAGUGAGGAACAUCUUGACCCUUACACAUGCUGUGCUGUGUCCUAUGUAAUCAGACAAUCCACAAACACACAAGUUCAUCUUGAUAUGGAGAACAGUGCUGUGUCCCUCUCAGGGCUGAAGAUAAUUCUCCAACAUUCACAUUAUCUAAGGGAUUUUUCAACAACACUAAGUCAGAUCUGGACAAUUGCCUUGAAGUGUGAGGAACUUAAUUAUCUGAGAAAUCUGCUACAGUUAUGUAGGAAUGAGAUUCACAUCCCAAUGAGCAGUCAGACAGAUGUGCUUGAGCAAGCUGGAAAAUUUAUAACCCGAUAUGCAGAACAACCAAAUCUCCAUCUGCACUGUGAUAAAGACCCACAACAGCUUACAGAUCUUUUCUUAAGCACAGUGUUCUCAUGGCUGCCACACAUCAGCUCUCUCAAUUUUACUUCUACACUGGGAGAAUCAAAGGAAAAUUGUCAACAGAAAUGUAUGCCAUUUAAACUGGAUUUGUGUUUACAAGCAUUUCUGUACCAGAGAGAAGAAAACAUCUGGAAAACAGUGGAGAAAAUAAUGUCAAAUAUUUGUAAAGAACGAAGUGAUUUCCUGCUGGAUCUGUUCUCACAUGUGAAGCAGUAUGAGAGUAAAACACACAGGACUGUCCUUCCAGCAUUGCUGCCAGUUUACCAGUCACUUCCUGUUUGGUCCAUAAAUCUCUCAGAGAGAAAAGUCUCCGACCUCCUAGAAGUGCUGAAACUCCAAACACAGAAGAUACCAGUGGAGCUGAGAGACUGUUCAGAUGAAGAGAGUGAAGUGAGGAGUUUCCUUCAGUGUCUGCCCUACAUCUCACACCUCAGCUUUAAUGACUUUCACUUUACAGACGGAGAGAAAAAGAAGAAAUGGACAAAAUUUCUACUGGAUUUGUGUCUGCAAACAGCUCUACACCAACCACAAAACAUCCAGGAGACAGUGAAGAAAGUGAUGACAGAUUAUUAUGAAGAACAGAGUGAUUUCCUGCUGGAUCUGUUCUCACAGCUGAAGCAGUAUGAGAGUAAAACACACAGGACUGUCCUUCCAGCAUUGCUGACAGUUUACCAGUCACUUCCUGUUUGGUCCAUAAAUCUCUCAGAGAGAAAAGUCUCCGUCCUCCUAGAAGUGUUGAAACUCCAAACACAGAAGAUACCAGUGAAGCUGAGCGACUGUUCAGAUGAAGAGAGUGAAGUGAGGAGUUUCCUUCAGUGUCUGCCCUACAUCUCACACCUCAGCUUUAAUGACUUUUACUUUACAGACGGAGAGAAAAAGAAGAAAUGGAGAAAAUUUCUACUGGAUUUGUGUCUGCAAACAGCUCUACACCAACCACAAAACAUCCAGGAGACAGUGAAGAAAGUGAUGACAGAGAUUGAAGAAUAUGAGGAAGAAGAAGAUUAUUAUGAAGAACAGAGUGAUUUCCUGCUGGAUCUGUUCUCACAGCUGAAGCAGUAUGAGAGUAAAACACACAGGACUGUCCUUCCAGCAUUGCUGACAGUUUACCAGUCACUUCCUGUUUGGUCCAUAAAUCUCUCAGAGAGAAAAGUCUCCGACCUCCUAGAAGUGCUGAAACUCCAAACACAGAAGAUACCAGUGAAGCUGAGAGACUGUUCAGGUGAAGAGAGUGAAGUGAGGAGUUUACUUCAGUGUCUGCCCUACAUCUCACACCUCAGCUUUAAUGUCUUUUACUUUACAGACGGAGAGAAAAAGAAGAAAUGGAGAAAAUUUCUACUGGAUUUGUGUCUGCAAACAGCUCUACACCAACCACAAAACAUCCAGGAGACAGUGAAGAAAGUGAUGACAGAUUAUUAUGAAGAACAGAGUGAUUUCCUGCUGGAUCUGUUCUCACAUGUGAAGCAGUAUGAGAGUAAAACACACAGGACUGUCCUUCCAGCAUUGCUGACAGUUUACCAGUCACUUCCUGUUUGGUCCAUAAAUCUCUCAGAGAGAAAAGUCUCCGACCUCCUAGAAGUGUUGAAACUCCAAACACAGAAGAUACCAGUGAAGCUGAGAGACUGUUCAGAUGAAGAGAGUGAAGUGAGGAGUUUCCUUCAGUGUCUGCCCUACAUCUCACACCUCAGCUUUAAUGAUCUUUAUUCCCAGAGGAAGAAACACACAGAGUUCCUGAUGAAUCUCUUCCAUCACACUACAGAAAGUGACAGACACACAGGGGGAAAAUCACUGGAGCUGUUAGCAUCAGUGUGUAAUCACACAUCUUUUCCUUAUGGAGAAAACUCUACAGUUUAUAACAGUGAUUUCCUGCUGGAUCUGUUCUCACAUGUGAAGCAGUAUGAGAGUAAAACACACAGGACUGUCCUUCCAGUAUUGCUGACAGUUUACCAGUCACUUCCUGUUUGGUCCAUAAAUCUCUCAGAGAGAAAAGUCUCCGUCCUCCUAGAAGUGCUGAAACUCCAAACACAGAAGAUACCAGUGGAGCUGAGAGACUGUUCAGAUGAAGAGAGUGAAGUGAGGAGUUUCCUUCAGUGUCUGCCCUACAUCUCACACCUCAGGUUUAAUGAGUCUCACUUUACAGAUGGAGAGAAAAAGAAGAGAUGGAGAAAAUUUCUACUGGAUUUGUGUCUGCAAACAGCUCAAAACCAACCACAAAACAUCCAGGAGACAGUGAAGAAAGUGAUGACAGAUUAUUAUGAAGAACAGAGUGAAUUCCUGCUGGAUCUGUUCUCACAUGUGAAGCAGUAUGAGAGUAAAACACACAGGACUGUCCUUCCAGCAUUGCUGCCAGUUUACCAGUCACUUCCUGUUUGGUCCAUAAAUCUCUCAGAGAGAAAAGUCUCCGUCCUCCUAGAAGUGCUGAAACUCCAAACACAGAAGAUACCAGUGGAGCUGAGAGACUGUUCAGAUGAAGAGAGUGAAGUGAGGAGUUUCCUUAGGUGUCUGCCCUACAUCUCACACCUCAGCUUUAAUGAGUCUCACUUUACAGAUGGAGGGAAAAAGAAAUGGAGAACAUUUCUACUAGAUUUGUGUCUGCAAACAGCUCUACAUAAACCACAAAACAUCCAAAAGACAGUGGAGAAAGUGAUGCCAGAGAUUGGAGAAUAUGUGAAAGAUUAUUAUGAACGGAGUGAUUUCCUGCUGGAUCUGUUCUCACAUGUGAAGCAGUAUGAGAGUAAAACACACAGGACUGUCCUUCCAGCAUUGCUGCCAGUUUACCAGUCACUUCCUGUUUGGUCCAUAAAGCUCUCAGAGAGAAAAGUCUCCGUCCUCUUAGAAGUGCUGAAACUCCAAAAACAGAAGAUACCAGUGGAGCUGAGAGACUGUUCAGAUGAAGAGAGUGAAGUGAUGAGUUUUUUUCAGUGUCUGCCCUACAUCUCAGACCUCAGGUUUAAUGAGUUUCACUUCACAGACGAAGAAAAAAAGAAGAGGUGGAGAAAAUUUUUACUGGAUUUGUAUCUGCAGACAGCUUUACACCAACCACAAAACAUCCAGGAGAGAGUGACGACAGGUUAUAAUGAAGAACAGAAUGAUUUCCUGCUGGAUCUGUUCUCACAUGUGAAGCAGUAUGAGAGUAAAACACACAGGACUGUCCUUCCAGCAUUGCUGACAGUUUACCAGUCACUUCCUGUUUGGUCCAUAAAUCUCUCAGAGAGAAAAGUCUCCGACCUCCUAGAAGUGCUGAAACUCCAAACACAGAAGAUACCAGUGGAGCUGAGAGACUGUUCAGAUGAAGAGAGUGAAGUGAGGAGUUUCCUUCAGUGUCUGCCCUACAUCUCACACCUCAGCUUUAAAGAGUCUCACUUUACAGAGGAAGAGAAAAAGAAGAGAUGGAGAAAAUUUCUACUGGAUUUGUGUCUGCAAACAGCUCUACACCAACCACAAAACAUCCAGGAGACAGUGAAGAAAGUGAUGACAGAUUAUUAUGAAGAACAGAGUGAUUUCCUGUUGGAUCUGUUCUCACAUGUGAAGCAGUAUGAGAGUAAAACACACAGGACUGUCCUUCCAGCAUUGCUGACAGUUUACCAGUCAGUUCCUGUUUGGUCCAUAAAGCUCUCAGAGAGAAAAGUCUCCGACCUCCUAGAAGUGCUGAAACUCCAAACACAGAAGAUACCAGUGGAGCUGAGAGACUGUUCAGAUGAAGAGAGUGAAGUGAGGAGUUUCCUUCAGUGUCUGCCCUACAUCUCACAGCUCAGGUUUAAACAGUUUUAUUCAGCAUCUGCAUCCAUCCAGUUUAUGGUGAAUCUGAUCAUCGCAGCAGUCGACUGUCUAUCAGAUAAAGGAGAGAGUUUUACUGAGCUGCUGGUGUCAGUGUGCAGCUACAACACAUUCCCUUUUAGACAAGAUUUUCAUGCAUUCCAUGUAAAACGGAGUGAAUUCCUGCUGUAUCUGUUCUCACAUGUGAAGCAGUAUGAGAGUAAAACACACAGGACUGUCCUUCCAAUAUUGCUGACAGUUUACCAGUCACUUCCUGCUGUCAGGUUUAAAGAGUUUUACUUUACAGACGAAGAGAAAAAGAAGAGGUGGAGAAAAUUUCUAAUGGAUUUGUGUCUGCAAACAGCUCUACACCAACCACAAAACAUCCAGCAGACAGUGAAGAAAGUGAUGACAGAUUAUUAUGAAGAACAGAGUGAUUUCCUGCUGGAUCUGUUCUCACAUGUGAAGCAGUAUGAGAGUAAAACACACAGGACUGUCCUUCCAGCAUUGCUGACAGUUUACCAGUCACUUCCUGUUUGGUCCAUAAAGCUCUCAGAGAGAAAAGUCUCCGACCUCCUAGAAGUGCUGAAACUCCAAACACAGAAGAUACCAGUGGAGCUGAGAGACUGUUCAGAUGAAGAGAGUGAAGUGAGGAGUUUCCUUCAGUGUCUGCCCUACAUCUCACACCUCAGCUUUAAUGAGUUUUAUUCAGCAUCUGCAUCCAUCCAGUUUAUGGUGAAUCUGAUCAUCGCAGCAGUCGACUGUCUAUCAGAUAAAGGAGAGAGUUUUACUGAGCUGCUGGUGUCAGUGUGCAGCUACAACACAUUCCCUUUUAGACAAGAUUUUCAUGCAUUCCAUGUAAAACGGAGUGAAUUCCUGCUGUAUCUGUUCUCACAUGUGAAGCAGUAUGAGAGUAAAACACACAGGACUGUCCUUCCAAUAUUGCUGACAGUUUACCAGUCACUUCCUGCUGUCAGGUUUAAAGAGUUUUACUUUACAGACGAAGAGAAAAAGAAGAGGUGGAGAAAAUUUCUAAUGGAUUUGUGUCUGCAAACAGCUCUACACCAACCACAAAACAUCCAGCAGACAGUGAAGAAAGUGAUGACAGAUUAUUAUGAAGAACAGAGUGAUUUCCUGCUGGAUCUGUUCUCACAUGUGAAGCAGUAUGAGAGUAAAACACACAGGACUGUCCUUCCAGCAUUGCUGACAGUUUACCAGUCACUUCCUGUUUGGUCCAUAAAGCUCUCAGAGAGAAAAGUCUCCGACCUCCUAGAAGUGCUGAAACUCCAAACACAGAAGAUACCAGUGGAGCUGAGAGACUGUUCAGAUGAAGAGAGUGAAGUGAGGAGUUUCCUUCAGUGUCUGCCCUACAUCUCACACCUCAGCUUUAAUGAGUUUUAUUCAGCAUCUGCAUCCAUCCAGUUUAUGGUGAAUCUGAUCAUCGCAGCAGUCGACUGUCAAUCAGAUAAAGGAGAGAGUUUUACUGAGCUGCUGGUGUCAGUGUGCAGCUACAACACAUUCCCUUUUAGACAAGAUUUUCAUGCAUUCCAUGUAAAACGGAGUGAAUUCCUGCUGUAUCUGUUCUCACAUGUGAAGCAGUAUGAGAGUAAAACACACAGGACUGUCCUUCCAAUAUUGCUGACAGUUUACCAGUCACUUCCUGCUGUCAGGUUUAAAGAGUUUUACUUUACAGACGAAGAGAAAAAGAAGAGGUGGAGAAAAUUUCUAAUGGAUUUGUGUCUGCAAACAGCUCUACACCAACCACAAAACAUCCAGCAGACAGUGAAGAAAGUGAUGACAGAUUAUUAUGAAGAACAGAGUGACUUCCUGCUGGAUCUGUUCUCACAUGUGAAGCAGUAUGAGAGUAAAACACACAGGACUGUCCUUCCAGCAUUGCUGACAGUUUACCAGUCACUUCCUGUUUGGUCCAUAAAGCUCUCAGAGAGAAAAGUCUCCGACCUCCUAGAAGUGCUGAAACUCCAAACACAGAAGAAACCAGUGGAGCUGAGAGACUGUUCAGAUGAAGAGAGUGAAGUGAGGAGUUUCCUUCAGUGUCUGCCCUACAUCUCACACCUCAGCUUUAAUGAGUUUUAUUCAGCAUCUGCAUCCAUCCAGUUUAUGGUGAAUCUGAUCAUCGCAGCAGUCGACUGUCAAUCAGAUAAAGGAGAGAGUUUUACUGAGCUGCUGGUGUCAGUGUGCAGCUACAACACAUUCCCUUUUAGACAAGAUUUUCAUGGAUUCCAUGAAGUACAGAGUGAAUUCCUGCUGUAUCUGUUCUCACAUGUGAAGCAGUAUGAGAGUAAAACACACAGGACUGUCCUUCCAAUAUUGCUGACAGUUUACCAGUCACUUCCUGCUGUCAGGUUUAAUGUGUUUUACUUUACAGACAGGGAGAAAAAGAAGAAAUGGAGAAAAUUUCUACUGGAUUUGUGUCUGCAAACAGCUCAACACCAACCACAAAACAUCCAGGAGACAGUGGAGAAAGUGAUGACAGGGAUUGAAUAUUAUGAGGAAGAUGAAGAUUAUUAUGAAGAACAGAGUGAUUUCCUGCUGGAUCUGUUCUCACAUGUGAAGCAGUAUGAGAGUAAAACACACAGGACUGUCCUUCCAGUAUUGCUGCCAGUUUACCAGUCACUUCCUGUUUGGUCCAUAAAUCUCUCAGAGAGAAAAGUCUCCGUCCUCCUAGAAGUGCUGAAACUCCAAACACAGAAGAAACCAGUGGAGCUGAGAGACUGUUCAGAUGAAGAGAGUGAAGUGAGGAGUUUCCUUCAGUGUCUGCCCUACAUCUCACACCUCAGCUUUAAUGAGUUUUAUUCAGCAUCUGCAUACGUCCAGUUUAUGAUGAAUCUGAUCAUCGCAGCAGUCGACUGUCAAUCAGAUAAAGGAGAGAGUUUUACUGAGCUGCUGGUGUCAGUGUGCAGCUACAACACAUUCCCUUUUAGACAAGAGUUUCAUGGAUUCCAUGAAGAACAGAGUGAAUUCCUGCUGGAUCUGUUCUCACAUGUGAAGCAGUAUGAGAGUAAAACACACAGGACUGUCCUUCCAGUAUUGCUGCCAGUUUACCAGUCACUUCCUGUUUGGUCCAUAAAUCUCUCAGAGAGAAAAGUCUCUGUCCUCCUAGAAGUGCUGAAACUCCAAACACAGAAGAAACCAGUGGAGCUGAGAGACUGUUCAGGUGAAGAGAGUGAAGUGAGGAGUUUCCUUCAGUGUCUGCCCUACAUCUCACAGCUCAGAUGUGAUUCUUGGUUAAUUCCACGUUUAAGUAAAGCAGUUGUUGACCAUGCAGAAGAUACAGAGCUGGUGAGAGCUUUCUUUGCUGCUAUGGACUUCGUCCUCAUUAUAGAUUGGGUUUUAACUACUCGUGAGUACAGGGCUGUGAGGAAAUUACUCAAUCUCUCAGACUCCAGUCUCAAACUCGCUCUGAAACCACAAGCCAUCUCUCUCAGAGGAGCCAGACUUCUCUUCAGACACAUCACACACCUACAGAAACUCUGCCUGAGUGAGCGUGUGUUAGUGAGGAUGAUCCGAGCAGUGAGAGCCGGUGGGUCAUUCAGGAGCAGUGAGAGCCGGUGGGUCAUUCAGGAGCUCUGUCUGGACUUUAACAUCAUAAACCCAAAGAUCUUCAGAUAUCUGAGCAGUUUGUCUUCCCUCCUGAACCUCUGGACUGUUCACUGUGUGAACCUCACUGGGUGCAGGAUGGAGGCUCACUCUCUCCUCAGCCUCAUGUGUCAUCCUGGCCUAUUAAAGAUCAGAUUAUCGAAAUCGACUCUCCAGCAGUUUACUGAUCUGCUGUAUGAAGCUCAGGAUGGGGAACUGACUCGCCUUUUCCUGGAGAAGGUGGGAGGAGACCUGACUUCCUGUUCUCUCAGCUGGGAGGAGCUUAUCUAUCUUCUCCAGCAGCGAGUUUGCUGCAUUAGUGUGAACAUCAGAAAGAACAAAAUCACUCAUAAACACACCAGAGAGAUUCUUCCUCUACUGUCUGAAAUUCAGUUUAAACGAUUGAACCCCAGUGUUCUGCUGUCAAUCAUCAGAGAGAUCUAUGAGACUGACUCCGCUCACUAUGUGUCCAGUCUGUUAAAGUCAACACAAAACUGUAUUAACCUGAACAAUACAGAUCUGGACUCAUGCCACUGUACUGCCCUGUGCUUCACCCUCCAACACUGUACAUCUGUCUCUCUGAGCCUGAUGUGGACCUCCAUACCAGACGGGGAGCUGGUGAAGAUUCUACCUCUGUUCAACAGACUUUCUCAGCUCAGUGUUGACAGGUUUCUGUUGCUCAAGUUACUCCACUGUUGCAGUAUCUCUGAGCUCCAACAGGGGGCAGCAGCAGCUGUUUUCUCUGCUCUGCAGAACAGACUGGACUUCUCCUGUAGCACUGGUUUGGAUCUGAGCACAGAAACACAGGAUAAAACUCUGCAUCUGAGCACCGAGGACUGCAGAGACAUCAGCACUGCCAUCCAGAAAUCCCAGCAACGUACAGAGCUCAUUCUAGAGGACUGUGAGCUGGAGGACACUGGAGUGGAUGUGUUCUUACUCAUUCUACAUACUGUGACACUACGCUGUAGUAAAUCUUUGUUGCUCCGGUUUCUGGCUCUUCUCCGUCUGGUGAAUCAGUCAGACUGUGUGAUGAAUGCUAUGUCCCUCUCAAAGGCUCUGAAUGGAGAUAUGGACCUCAGUAAGACCCCUCUGGAUCUCGGUGCCUGUAGAUCAUUAGCAUUGUUUCUGGAAUUUUCUGAAGGUCUGUCAGAACUGGACCUCAGUCACUGUAAGCUCACUGAUCAGGGCCUGGAGCUGCUGUUACCACAUCUGCAUAAAGUGGAGGUCCUGGACCUGAGUCACAAUGACAUUGAUGAUUGUUUAGCAGGAAGAAUCUACACAGUUGUUUCCAUUAGCAGCAACAUACAGACAGUUCGACUCUUCAACAACAGAAUUACUGAUAAGGAAACUUUCCAAAAAGACAAGCGCUUCGAGAUCUGGUGAUGACUGUUUGGCAAAUAAAAAUACAAAAGGUUGAAGAGUUGGUUGAAGAGUUAAAAGAUUUAAAUAUGAGUGACUAGAAGAAGACAACGAGGGAUCAGACGCUGUACCUAGAGAGCUGGAAGAAGAUCCCAAAAGAAAAGAAGAUUAUAAUGCAUUAUGUUUUAUUUUUAGACAUUCAGGAGACCUCUGAAUCGCUUUUCUUUUUCUUAUGUUCAUGUAUUCUUCUAUAAUAGAUUUGAUAAGAUUAAUAUUGCUUAUUUUCACUGUAAACUUGAUUAUGUUUUUUGUAGUGAAAUCUUAAAAGCCCACUGUGUAUUCGCGGGGUGAAAUCUGCAAGUGAAGUGUUUCAACGUUCGCUGUCGAAAAUUCGACGGCGAGAGAAAGUUUCAGUCAUAUAUAAUCACAGCUUGGCAGUUGCAGGGAGUUAAUUGCAACUAUAUAACCAUAAAAUCUUGUCUUGAAUUACAUUGUGUGUGCAUUCUAGUGUAAACAAGCUCAGUGCAUGUUAUACUCUUUGUGCAUCAUAGAACAAACACAAGCUUACACUUGGAGAGUGUUUCUUGGUUUGUUAUAAUCUUUGCAUUCUAAUUACUUUUACUUAUUCUAAUACUGUUUGAUUAUUUGAAUGAGAUUUUUAUUUGUAAUUUUCUUUUAUUUUACUUUACAUAUAUUACACACAUUUAUCUGUAUUACAUUGCUUUUAAUAAAAACAAGGCCUCCCAUUGUGAGGACCCUGAAAAGACAAAAA